AUGGCUGAAGGCGACAUUAUCGGCUGCACCCAUCUCGCUAUUCAAACCAUGCAACAGGCUAAAAAGCCUGGUGUGAUCAUUAAUCUUGGCUCUGCGUCGGGGCUCUACCCAAUGUAUGCUGAUCCUAUCUACUCUGCCUCCAAAGGAGGUGUGGUUAUGUUCACCAGAUCCCUCGCUCUUUACAAGCGUCAAGGGAUCCGUAUCAAUGUGCUUUGCCCUGAGUUUGUGCAAACUGAUUUGGCCUCAAAACUGGAUCCUAAAUUUAUUGAUCUAGUUGGAGGCUUCUUGCCAGUGGAAAUGGUAGUGAAAGGUGCUUUUGAGCUUAUAAGUGAUGAGACUAAAGCCGGGUCUUGCUUGUGGAUAUCUAAGCGAAGGGGCUUAGAGUAUUGGCCAACUCCUGCAGAAGAAGCAAAAUACCGUGUGCGCCCUUUAACAUCUAGGAGAAAGUCUUCAUUUAUGUCUCCAUUGAGUACUCAAAUACCCCAAAGUUUUGAGAAGAUAGUUGUCCACACAUUGAAUCAUGAUUUCCGUAGGGCUACCAGUGUAAUAAGUGCUCCAUUGAGAUUUCCCCUCAAACCUGAUCAUGUGCUUUUGAAAGUAAUUUAUGCCGGUGUUAAUGCUAGUGAUGUGAAUUUUAGCUCAGGACGGUACUUUAGUGGAGACAAAAAGGACAUCAAAUCCCGUCUUCCAUUUGAUGCUGGCUUUGAGGUUGUUGCAACUUGUGGGGGCAAAGAAAAGGCCAAGCUUUUGAAAGAUUUAGGAGUUGAUCGAGUUAUUGACUAUAAAGAAGAAAACAUCAAAACUGUACUAAAGGCUGAGUUCCCUGAAGGUGUUGAUAUUGUCUACGAGUCUGUUGGUGGUGAAAUGUUUGAUCUAUGCUUGAAUGCUUUGGCAAAAUAUGGACGACUUGUCGUGAUUGGAAUGAUUUCUCAGUAUCAAGGAGACCAGGGGUGGAAGCCACGAAAUUAUACUGGGUUAUGUGAAAAGAUUCUGAACAAAAGCCAGACUGUAGCUGGCUUUUUCUUAGUACAAUACGCUCAUCUUUGGCAGCAGCAUCUAGAUAAGCUCGUUGAUCUUUACUCCUUGGGAAAGCUCAAGGUUGCUGUCGAUCCAAAACCAUUUUUAGGCGUUAAUUCAGUGGCUGAUGCAGUUGACUAUCUUCAUUCUGGUAAAAGUGUUGGCAAGGUUGUUGUGUGCAUUGACCCGUCGUUCAGUCAACAAUUGGCAAAACUAUGA